AUGGAGUUUGGAUUUGAUGUCAGGCGAGUUUUACGUCCAGAUGAGGAUGGAUUUACAAUUAUAACCCCACAGUCAGAUUCUAUUCAAAAUAAAGAACUUUGCGAAAUAAUCAAUGAAAUGGGAAAAGCUUCAGCAAGAGCUCAAUCAUUAGGGGCAGUCAUUACAACUCCAUCGAGAUUUUUUUCUUCAUCAGAUAGCAAGCUUUAUAUAAAAAGCGAAAAUCAAAAGGUCAUUGGAAUCUUGAAAACUGGACGAAGAAAAUUAUUUUAUACAGACAUGAUUGGGAAAAUCACUGAAAUGACUCCUCUAUGUUUACUAGAUUUCUAUGUGCACGAGUCCAUGCAAAGACAUGGCCAUGGAAAGCUAAUUUAUGAAAGAAUGCUUGAAGAAGAAAAUGUCUUACCAAACAAAAUUGCUAUUGACAGACCUUCCAACAAAUUAAUUAGCUUUAUGAGAAAGCAUUAUGGACUUGCUGACUAUAUCCCACAAAAUAAUAAUUUUGUAAUUUAUCAUCAAUUUUUUGAUGUAAUCGACAAAUAGACAAAUUUUAAGCUGCCUAAAAGAGCGGGACAUAACAGCUAUGAAGAAAGAAAAGAAGCCUACCAUGAAAAACCUCAAGAAGACUUACUUCUCCCCUCUUUAUGAGUGAACAAAAAUAUUUUAUUCAUUCACGGAGGGAAUUAAUUUAUUUUUAAAAAAAAAUUUUCGAAAUUUUAAAACAAUCCUAAUUUGCAAAAAUUAAUUUAAUUUAUAAAAUUUAUGUUUUAAAACGCAAUUUGUUUAAAAUUAAACAGAAUUAGCUUGAGAUUUCAUUAUACCAAUUAUCACUUAUAUAUCAAAAUUUUUUUCAUAAAAAUUUUUUUUAUUAAAAAAAUUUUGUUCAUUCACGGAGGGUGGGGUUUUGGGCAAAAAAUAGGGAUUUUUCCAAUGGUUUUGUUCACUCACGGAGGGGGGGAGUUAGAAGAAAACUACUAUGAGCAGCCCUAUCGCAAGACUCAAGAUCUUCAUCAUAGGCCUCAAGAAACUUAUAAUGAGCCUCAAGAGCAUUAUAGAAAUGAAGCACAUAACGAGAGAAAUGAGCCUCAGAGGAAUUAUCAUUAUUUGCAGCAAAAUAAUUAUGGAAGCUCUUCUCAAAGGUGCAAAUCAAGGGAAGAUAAAAUUUUGGACCAAAUUAGAUCCAAUAUUGUGGUAACUGAGGAUCAGCUGAAAGAGACAAGGGAAAGGAUUACGAAAAUGGAGGCUGAGACGAAGAUGAGCGGAUAUCAGCCUAGAGCGCCAUGGGCUACGAGUGGGACAGGAAGAGAAAAGAAAACAUCUUCUUCUGAUUAUGGAGCUUAUUUAAAUUAUCAGAAAAGGUAUUAG